AUAGUGCAUUUAAAAAAAACCCCGCCAAAUCAUAUGGAAUCUGUGUCUAGCAGAACAUCUAGAACUAAAAAAUCUUCCAACGAACGUCUUUCUGCAUUGGAGAAACUUCAAAAAUUAAAAUCUGAAGGACGAAAAUAUAAGGCAGAAAUAAAAGAUAUCGAUAAUGUAUACGAAGAAGUUGAUGAGAGUAAAUAUAGUGAAAUUAUACGUGGUAGGCAAGAGGAUGACUGGAUUGUUGAUGAUGGCAGUGGCGCAUAUAGAGAUGAUGGAAGAGAGAUAUUUGAAAUGGAAGAUGAAGAUAUGGAAGAAAAUUAUGAAAAUAAGAAAAGAAAAAAAACUGAAAUUAAUAUUGUGGAAAAGACUAAAUAUGGUGCAAAUAUUAAACAAAUGUUUAAGGCAUCUACCAAAAAGGGCAAAAAUGAAAUUCAAGAUGUGAAACUUCAGAAAGAUGAUAUACUGCAAGAUAUAAUUAAGGAAUUGGACCAAACUCUCAUGGCGCCUUCACAUAUGAAACCGGCCAGUAAUAACAAUUUUUCGUAUAUACCUAACAGAGAAAAAUCCUUGAGGCAUAAUGAUAAUUUUUACGAAUUUCACAUGGACUCAGUGGAUGAUGGUUAUGACCCAUACGACGAAAAACAAGAUCAAUACAAAAGAGAUGGUCAAAUACCUAUAAAAUCUUCUGUAGACAAAAAUGAUGGACCACUAGAUGUGAAUCAAGAUUGUAAAUAUCUUUCCCACGCCAAGCAAAAGAAUCGAAUAGCCGUAAAUAACCAUCAAGUUUCACAGAGACAUCAGGAUCCACCACAUCACGAUCCACAGGAAGAAAAUAGUGUUAGCGCGUUUUCCGAAGAUUUUAGUAACGAUGCGUGGUAUGUGAACAACAAACAAGAAGGGACGCAUGCAGAUACGAAGCCAUUACAACUAAAUGAUAUUAGAAAUAUUUCUAGCACAUCGGUGAUCAAACAAGGGAAAAAUUCAGGAAAUAUUUUGAUUCCGAACGAAACAUCUCCUGAGAUCGGACAACUCUCUAACCAUCCUCCAGGAAAUUAUGUCUAUAAUAAGACUACUAAUAAAAAUGAGCAGAAGAUGGAAAACGGUGACUGUAAAGAAAAUAAUGGCAAUCCAAAUGUGAGUUGCUUAAAACUUCCCUUGAAAACGGAGUUUCAGGGCGAGGACCUCGUUGACAAGCGGUAUUUCCUCAUAUAUUGGUUUGACGCAUACGAAGAUACUCACAAUAACCCUGGAACGCUCUACAUCUUUGGCAAGGUGUAUGAGAAAGAAAUAAAAGAAUAUGUUAGUUGCUGCGUUAUAGUCAAGAAUAUACCCCGGACAGUUUAUCUAUUACCUGUUAAUGAUAAAGUUGAAGUAUUAGAUAUGUAUACGGAAUUCAAUGAAACAACCGCUGAAAAGUUUAAAAUCAAGAAAUUUAUGUCCAGGAAAGUAAGGAAGAAAUACGCCUUUAACCAUUCCGAACAAAAUGAUGCCAAUGUUCCCUUCGUUUCAGAUUAUCUCGAAAUCAAAUAUGAUUCUCAAUAUCCGAUUUUGCCAUCUUACAUACCUAACGGAAAAUAUUUCAAAAGAAUUUUAGGUACAAAAACAUCGUGUUUAGAAUGGUUCCUAUUGGAUAAAGAUAUUAUGGGCCCCUCCUGGCUUCGGAUAGAUGUAUCAGAAGAAGCCUACCUAAACAUUCAGAAUAAACGUAAUAAUAUGUUCAGUACUUGGUGCAAAUUGGAAUUCAAAAUCGAUAAUCCCGAUUUCAUAUAUACUUUUACGGGAUCGGACCAAGAUUCUAAGAAAAAAACGCAAAUUCCUGCUAUUCCUCUCCUGAGUACUCUUUCUCUUAGCUUCCAAACCAUGUAUAAUCCGACCAAGAAGCAGAACGAAUUGACGAUGAUAAGCGGAACUUUGGAACGCGGCAUCAAUUUGACUUUUGGAGACGAAAGUGAUUUCUCAAUUACCAACGCCAACCACCAUUUAAACAAACCGGAGCAUUUUGUUAUGAUCACUAAACCGUCCGAUUCAAUAUUUCCUUCUGAUUUCAAGCGUGUUUUAGCCGAUGUUCUCUCGAAAUCUCAUAAGCAAAACGCAAGCAACGACAACCGGAACGAUUUGAAAAUACCGCCGGGCGUUAAGAUUGACGUUAUGCCUUCUCAAAGAGCUCUCAUAUCCCUAUUUCUAGCUAAAUUGUAUAGAAUGGAUCCAGAUGUCCUGGUAGGCUACGAUAUGUUGAACAUGGAUUUGCCUCUUUUGCUUAAAGCAUGUCAAACUUUCAAGAUUCCUAAUUGGUCAAAAAUUGGGAGACUUAAGCGAACCAAUAUUCCUAAGUUUCAUUCAGGAUCAGCUGACAAGCAUUUAGCCUGCGGCAGACUGGUUUGUGAUGCCCUCAAAAAUGGGAAAGAACAUCUCAAAUGCGAUUCAUACAGCUUAAGCGAUAUGUGUAAAGCUCUGGGUCUUAAGUUUCCCCAAUUUUUGUCUCACGAUGGUAAUCUUGAAACCCCAAGCCGAAUAGUGUAUAAUACCUUUAAUAGCGAAGAAUGCGAUGAUAAAGACGAUGUCCCCACCUUAGCCACUAAUGCGAUUUACUCUAAUCCUCUAUCAUUGAUUCACUCCAUGAUCGACCUUCUAACUUGGACGCUUACCAUAAACGAUGUCUGCAAAAACAUGAACGCCUUGCAGUUAGCUUAUCAGUUGACCGUCAUAGCCGGUAAUUCGUUGUCAAGAACGCUCACUAUGGGAAGGUCCGAAAGAAAUUCUUACUUAUUGCUACACGCGUUUCAUAGAAAAGGCUAUUUGGGACCAGAACCUCUCGAUAUUUUUAGUAAUGUGGAAACUCGCCCUGAAAAAGAAACUACUUCAUCCCGAAAACGUAAAACAAGAACCAAAAACCCCGGUAAAUCAUUUAGUAAAGAAGUCAGCAUCAAAGAUAUCUCUAUAAUGGAAACAGUCGAUUCCGAAAAUGAAUUGGAUGACUUUGAUGUAUCCAAAAUGUUAGAGGAUGAUGAUGACCCAACUUUCGAUGAAACCAUGUUAAAAGCCGCUAAAAUUCCUAACAAGAAAAACUUGUCUUCAUAUGCUGGAGGCUUAGUAUUUGAACCUAAAACAGGGUUUUACGACAAGUACAUUCUUUUGUUGGAUUUCAACAGUCUCUACCCUUCCAUAAUCCAAGAAUACAAUGUCUGCUUCACCACUAUCACACCUCAAACAUUGACCCAAAAUGGUGAUGGCAUUAAUAAUAUGACUGAAGAUGAGGCUCCCAUAGUGAAUGACGAUAAUAAUGGUUCGGGUCCUUUCAGCAUACACCCAGCUUUGAAAGAAUGUCUUUCUGAGCAGGAUUCCGAUAACAAGUCAAAGGAAUCCAAUAAAAAUAUCUUGGGCGUUUUGCCUAUUGAGAUAGGGACGCUAGUCGAGAGGAGAAGGCAAAUAAAAAAACUCAUCAGUGAUCUUAGCAGGAAUUCGUCCAAUGAUACGCCAGCCAAAUCCAUACGAAGAGCCUUGCAAUUAAGACAGUACGAUAUUCGACAAAAGGCUUUAAAACUGACCGCUAAUAGUAUUUAUGGUUGCUUGGGUUUCCAAAAAUCUAGAUUUUAUGCUAAACAUCUGGCGGCCUUCAUAACCAGGAAAGGUAGAGAAAUUUUGGGAAAAACUAGAACCAUUUGUAAUUCCCUGACUUUCGCCCAAAGCGAUUUAGAAAUUUAUUCCUCUGCUAAAGGCAACGAGAAAUCUUCCUCUAAGUCAUCUACAAAUUUCAGUUAUAAAAUAGACGUAAUAUACGGGGAUACGGAUAGUGUGAUGAUAAAUACCUUUUUGGAUGGGUCAGACGAUUCUAACCUUCCCAGGGUUAUGAAGCUUGGUGGCAAAAUAAAAACCGAGAUCAACAAACUUUACAAAUACCUAGAAUUGGACAUAGAUGGCGUUUUUAAGUGCCUCUUGCUCAUCAAGAAAAAGAAAUACGCGGCCCUGAAGCUUAAAAAUUUAUCCCUGAUUCCGAAAAUUCCUGCUUCUUUAGAUGCCGAGAAUUCCGCCAAAAGUUUAUAUUUAUACGAGAAAGAGGUAAAAGGGUUGGAUAUAGUUAGGCGCGAUUGGAGCUUUUUGGCUAAGAAAGCUGGAAGUUACGUUUUGGAUCAAAUAUUGUCUGACAAACAAAGGGAAGAGAUAAUAGACUCUAUUCACACCUAUCUCAUGGAUCUAUCCAAAGAUAUCGAAUCCGAUAAAGUUCCACUUCACGAUUACGUCAUUUACAAACAACUAAACAAGAAUCCCGAAGAUUAUCCUGACGCCAAAAGCCUACCUCACGUACAAGUAGCCCUUAGAUUGAACCGGAAAUGCGGAAGCAAUAAAAGAUUCAAGCAGGGUGACACAGUUGGAUAUGUCAUUUGCUUAGAAAAAUCUUCAAAAAAUUUCAAACAUAAUUCUAUGUCAGCAACUCAAAGGGCUUAUCACCCUUCAGAAUUGAUCAAACAUAAUUCUCUGAAAAAUGAAAUAAAACUGAAAACCCAAGAUGGUCAUGUAACCACUUUGAAUAUUCAAGAAAACGGGAUAGAUAUUGGACAAUCGUCAGAAAUCAUCAAACAUUAUUCGCAGGAAAAUCAGCUAAAAGUCGAAAACCAAUCGGUUCCUAUAGCCACUAUGAAUAAUCCAGAAAACGGAGUAGAUGUUGAACAUUCGCCUUGUCGCCCUCCGGAAUUAAUAAACCACGAUUCUUUAAAAGAUGAACCAAAACUUGAAAACGAAAUCGUUGCAGCCACUUCAAAUAUCCAAGAGAAGGGAAUGAAAAUCGAGCCACAGUUAGAAUCCGAUAUUGAAUACCAAAAAGAGACAUUACACAAAGAAUAUGAUUUUGGUACUGUGACCAAUGAAGACGGGAAAGAUUUUUCAGAUUUAGAGAUCAAUUAUGCUAUGAAGCAGAUUGAAAUGAUGCCCAAAAGCGAAGAAGAAGACCCCAAAUCUGAUCUGGCCAUAGAUAAAGCAUACUAUUUGAGCCAACAAAUUUUGCCCGUUAUAGGUAGGAUCUGCGAAUUUAUAGAAGGAACGAACACCUACAUUAUUGAAGAAUGCUUGGGAGUUGCUCAUAAAGGUUCUUCACAUAAUUCGAAUAAUAAGGGGAGCACCGAUCCAAGUUCUACCUAUGAUAAUCGAGCCAAAGAUCAGGCUUCUCUGAUAUUUGGUCUAGAAAAUUUUUAUAAUCGCAAUAACGAUCCCAAUGAAAGAAUGCUGAAUAUCGAAAAAUUGGAAUUCAUUUGUCCCGGUCAUUACAAACUAUGUCAAGUCGAUCCAAAAAUUCAAAAGCAUACCAUAAACUUUCAUACGAUCAUAAUGCUUGACGGAAAAGAUAGCCCUUCAUGUAGUUCAAGUUCUAAUAGUUCUCAAUAUACUUGUAGUUUCUCGAAAUGCGAUGUUUGUAAAGAAGAACUAACCGAAUUUUUACCUUAUUUGAUUAACCAAUUCACUCUCAAAAUUAGGAAGCAUAUUGACAGAUAUUAUAAAAAUUAUUUGCGAUGUGAGGACAUUACUUGCUCACAUCUAACCCGAAUCAUGCCUUUGAAAAUCAACCCUCAUACAUCUGACUGCAAUGAAUUGCAAUGCCCAAAAUGUAAUCAAGCUGUGCUUGUUCAAGAAUAUGAUGAAGCUCGAUUAUACGAUCAAUUGUGUUAUUACGAGAACGUAUUAGACCUGGAGAGUGCUUUCCGACAAUAUACACCUUUUGAACAAGUCAAGAUGAGAAGAGUCCUGCAACCAUUCAUUCCUUAUUACAAAAAAAUGAAAGAUGUUGUCAUGAGAUACUUAAAACAAAGUUCGUAUGCAAUGAUAGAUUUAGGGAAGAUUUUCUCGUUUUACCAAAAGUGUCAUUAAUUUUAAAUAAAAUUUCCUCUUAUGAAGUAUUAAUAAUUUAUAAUGAACGUACAAAAUUAUUCGCUUUUAUAACAAAAUACAACCCGACUUUUAUAGCAAAUUAUUGUAAACAUUGCAUAAAAAAUUCAUCAUAAUUUAUUAAUAUUUAAAUAUAUUUGUAAAAAAAAAUUGUUAAAUACUCGAGAUUUACUUUAUGGAAAAAAUAUUGUACCAUUUUAAAAUAAUUUAUUGAUGAAUGAUAAUUGUAUUAUUGAUUGUAAAUAAAGUGUAAAAAAUAAUUGAUUUUUUUAUGGCAGAAAAGAUCAAGGUUGCCAGGUCUCCUCCCAUCAGCGGAAGACUCCCGCAAUUUUUAUUUACACGCAGACAUGAAAUCUAAUUUCUCACGCACUAACGUUU